AUGUCAUUUCCAAAGGAAUGGACCGACACGUGGAAUCUCUUUGACGAUCGCCGCUCUGGCAGCGUAACACACUCCGAUGUGAAACACAUCAUUCGCAGCUUGGGUCGCCGUUACACUGAAGCGGAGUUCAAUGAGUUGCUGCACGACAUCCCCGAUCCGAUCCCAUACCAAUCUUUUGUGGAAAUCAUGCAGAAACCAUAUAAUGGUCCAACCGAAGACGACCUGCGCACAGCGUUGCGUGCAUUUGACGGUAACGACUCGGGCCAAUUAAAACUUUCAGAGCUCAUUACGCUACUCACGUCCCUCGGAGAGAAGAUGCCGGAGGCGGAGGUGAAACAAUUACUCUCAGAGGUUCACACCAAUGAAGAUGGCCGAGUAAAUAUUGAUGAUCUCGCGCGGUUCCUUUGCACUCCGUUACCCACAACACAACCGGAUAUUGCUGAGCUGCAGAAGCAACUGGCGGGCAUCUCUUAA